AUGUCGAAGGACGCCCUGAAUCUGGUGCAGAUGAAGGAGCAGACUUUGCAGCCGGAGCAACAGUCCAAGCUCAAACAACUUGUCAAUGAGGAGAACUUACGGAAGCAGGAGGAGUCCGUGCGGAAGCACCAUCAGACCUUCUUGGCGUCCAUCAGGACGGCUGUCACCAUGUUUGGGGAAAGAUUCCGUGCCUUUGUGACAGACCGGUACACAGUGACAGCCACGGUGGUUGGGCUGACGCUGCUGGCUGUCGGGGUAAAAUCAGCCAAGAAUGCGACAGCCGCCGGGGCCCUCUUCAUCGAGGCUGGGCUGUUGAAGCCAUCCCUGGUGAGCGAGAAGUCCCGCAUCACGUUGCGCCAGCGGCUCCUCAGUGGGUCCCAGGAUGUGCUGGAGGGUGUUGUGCUGAGUCCCAGCCUGGAAGCGCAGGUGCGCAACAUUGCCAUAGCAACAAGGAACACGAAGAAGAACUGCAGCCUGUACAGGAACGUCCUGCUGUACGGGCCACCAGGCACCGGGAAGACGCUGUUUGCCAAGAAACUCCCUGUGCACUCGGGCAUGGACUACACCAUCAUGACAGGCGGGGACGUGGGCCCCAUGGGGCGGGAAGGCGUGACCGCCAUGCACAAGCUGUUUGACUGGGCCAAUACCAGCCGGCGCGGCCUCCUGCUCUUCCCGGACGACGCGAAUGCCUUCCCCGAGGAGAUAAACGAGGACCUCAGAGCCACCCAGAGCGCCUUCCUAAGCCACACGAGUCAGCGCAGCAACAAAUUCAUGCUGGUCCUGGCCAGCCACCACCCCGAGCAGUUCCACUGGGACAUCCGCAACUGCAUCGACUUGGUGUUUCACUUCGACCUGCCGCGGCAGGAGGAGCAGGAGCGCCUGCUGAGAAUGUAUCUUGACAAGUAUGUUCUUAAACAGGCCACAGAAGGAAAGCAGCACCUGAAGCUGGCCCAGUUUGACUAUGGGAGCGUGGAGAUCGCUCGGCUGAUGGAGGGCAUGUCGGGCCGGAAGAUCGCACAGCUGGUUGUGUCCUGUCAGGCCACGGCGUAUGCCUCCGAGGAUGGGGUCCUCACGGAGUCCAUGCUGGAUACCUGUGUGCGAGACUUUGUCCGGCAGCACCAGCAGAAAAUGCGCUUGCUGAAGAGAGGGCCUGGGCCCGAGGACGAGCACCCCUCAACCUGA